CGAUGUCUUGCAAUAUUUCCCGUUCUCCAGGAACUGAAGCUUCUGGGAAGAGUCACUGAGGGACAUGGACCAUUGGACAGCCCGAGUCUGGGCUUCGCAACACUCAUAAUAUAUAGGAUGGCCGCACCAGGAACACCGCCGCACUCAGCAUCACAAACAGCAUUGCUUCAGGUACAAUGGUAUUUUCCCCUACUCUCCUCCAACGCAACGGUUCUAUGUACAGAAAUCUUGAGAUACGAUUCGAAACGCCAGUCGUUAGUGUGACCGGACAUUCGGAGCACGAUAGUGUUCGAGUUCGCGGAAGAGUAGUGUUUAUGAACAGCAUCAAUCUUCGCAUCAAGUCCAUCAAUGUAGCUCUCAAUGGAAUUCAACAGGUUCUAUGGCACACGGACAGUAUGAGUUGCGAUCGUAUUCGAAGCAAAGACGUAGUCUUCUGCGAAAAGACCAACCUUCUGUCCCCGACAAGAGGAAAAGACAAUCAGAAAGUUUCCUCGCUUGGCCCUGGUAACCAUGUCUGGCCUUUCGAGUUUGACCUGAAGUCCUGCCCUUACGAAUCAAUCGACGGUUUAAGGGACACAUUUGUCAGGUACGAGGUCGAAGCCACAAUAGCGAUCUCUGGCCGAUUCGGAAAGAAAAUCUCAGUGAAGAAACAAGUCAAAGUCAUUCGGAACCCAUGCGUCUCAGAAGUGGAUGACGUGGAACCAGAACAGGAUGACAGCGGAACAUGGCCUAACAAACUCGAUUACCACAUUACAGCACCCUCGCAGAACCACCAAUGGGGACAGCCGGUCAUAGUAUCAUUCAAGCUACACGCUCUCGCCAAAGGCAUAACGGUGGAAUCUUUAGUACUGAAGCUACAAGAGUCGUUGAUCUUAAAAGCUUCAUCUAAACAUCGAGAUUUAUAUCAUCGCAGAAAUAUGAUAGUCUCCGAAGUUGAAGCGACCAAGUCAGAAAACACAGCUUUGAUGCUACACGCGGCGACCGAGACCUUGGAAGAUCAUUGGAAGAUGACUCUCCCGUUACCUAGGACGUUACGGGAAUGUAGGCAAUCGGUCCGCCAGGAUCGGAUCACAGUGGCCCAUAAGCUGCUGAUGAAUCUGCGUCUACGCGACAAUAUGGGAGCGGAACAUCAUGGCUCACAUGAGUUUCCGUUUAGCUUAACAUUCCCUUGUGGGAUUGAGUUUGCCAACGAUGGAACGGCAUCUUACCCAUGCGAAGACAGGUAUCUGCAGCAAGAUGUGCAAAACUUUGUUGCUGGUCUCUGCGCCCCUCCCGCAUUCGGUGAUCAUGCUAGCGAUCCCAUAUUUCGUCCUGGAUUAUCGCUUCAGUCUUUCGCCCAGGGCUCAGAGCAAACACUACAUGAGUCUCUAGACGAGCCUUCCAGCAGUACACUUCUCUGCACGGAGCCAAUCUCUCGCUACAUAUUUCCUAAAGUGACGGAGCUGCAUUGUGAAAGAUCUAAACUACCGAAUGGUCAGUUGGAUUCCUGGCAUGCUAUCUGUCUUGAUCGCGUCCCAAGUUACGAUACUGCCCUGCGGACUCCGGAGGUAUACACCAACGAUUUUGACCCAAGUCCUAUCUACUUGUACCAGUCAAAAAGCGAAAACAGAUUAACUUGAAUUCGCCUCUAGAGGAGUAGAACCAGGCCCAGGGUUGAUAAGCUGGUGUCUUUAGGUUAGAGUCUAAGGGUGCUUCUCUUUGGUAUCAAAACUCGGAAGGGUAUGAUUGUACUUCUAGGACUCUUCUAUCCUGACCAACAUACGCAGGAAUGUAACAAUAGACAACUAAAUAGAAACACUACUGCUAAUUACUUGGCUUGCAAUAGCGGCCACGUAAAGCCGAUCUGAUGCCAUGUAGCGUUAGUUUCCACUAUCAACGUUGCGCUAAGUCAAUGCGAAUAUAGAAG